GCCCGCCUCCCGGGAGGGGGAGCUAGCGGGCCCGGGCUAGGGACUGUCGACCGCUCGGCCAGGGUGAAAGGGCGGUGGCGAAGCGGGGCGGGGCCGAGCUCCCGGGCUGGCUGCCGGGCUGCGGAGGGGCCUGCGAGCCGCUGCAGAGCCGCGCGGCGCUCGGGCGGGGCGCGGCCGGUCGAAGGAGUCCGAGCGUUCUAGCGUCGAGCUGUCUCCCCCGGCGGCUGCGCUGCUAGCCUGCGGCGACGUCGGCUCGGAGUCUCCAACAUGACCGAGCUGAGGCAGAGGGUGGCCCACGAGCCGGAUGCACCGCCCGAGGACAAGGAGUCAGAGUCAGAAGCCAAGUUAGAUGGAGAGACUGCAUCGGACAGUGAGAGCCGGGCAGAACCUGCUCCCCCGCCAGCCUCUGCAGAUGAUACCCCGGAGGUCCUCAACAGAGCCCUUUCCAACUUGUCUUCAAGAUGGAAGAACUGGUGGGUGAGAGGCAUCCUGACUUUGGCCAUGAUUGCAUUUUUCUUCAUCAUCAUUUACCUGGGACCAAUGGUUUUAAUGAUAAUCGUGAUGUGUGUUCAGAUUAAGUGUUUCCAUGAGAUAAUCACGAUUGGCUACAACGUCUACCACUCCUAUGACUUGCCGUGGUUCAGGACCCUCAGCUGGUACUUUCUACUGUGUGUAAACUAUUUCUUCUAUGGUGAGACAGUGACAGAUUACUUCUUCACCUUGGUCCAGAGAGAGGAGCCUUUGCGGAUUCUCAGUAAAUACCACCGCUUCAUUUCCUUUACUCUCUAUCUAACAGGAUUCUGCAUGUUUGUACUGAGUCUGGUCAAGAAGCAUUAUCGACUGCAGUUCUACAUGUUUGGCUGGACCCACGUAACGUUGCUGAUUGUUGUAACCCAGUCACAUCUCGUUAUCCACAACUUGUUUGAAGGAAUGAUCUGGUUCAUUGUCCCCAUUUCUUGCGUGAUCUGUAAUGACAUCAUGGCCUAUAUGUUUGGCUUUUUCUUUGGUCGGACUCCACUCAUCAAGCUCUCCCCGAAGAAGACUUGGGAAGGCUUCAUUGGGGGCUUUUUUGCCACUGUGGUGUUUGGCCUUCUGCUGUCCUAUGUGAUGUCCGGGUACAGAUGCUUCGUUUGCCCCGUGGAGUACAACAACGACACCAACAGCUUCACUGUGGACUGUGAGCCCUCGGACCUGUUUCGCCUGCAGGAGUACAACAUUCCUGGGGUGAUCCAGUCGGUCGUUGGCUGGAAAACGGUCCGGAUGUACCCCUUCCAGAUUCACAGUGUCGCCCUCUCCACCUUCGCCUCGCUCAUCGGCCCCUUUGGAGGGUUCUUCGCAAGUGGAUUCAAACGAGCCUUUAAAAUCAAAGACUUUGCCAAUACCAUUCCUGGCCACGGAGGCAUCAUGGAUCGCUUUGACUGCCAGUAUCUGAUGGCCACCUUCGUCAAUGUGUACAUCGCCAGUUUUAUCAGGGGCCCUAAUCCAAGCAAACUGAUUCAGCAGUUCCUGACCUUGAGGCCAGAUCAACAGCUCCACAUCUUCAACACGCUCCGGUCUCACCUGAUUGACAAGGGGAUGCUGACAGCUGCCACUGAGGACGCGUAGGGGCCACCCAGGGCUGGGAGAGCAGGAGCAGGACUGAGCGAGGGGCAGGUCUCCAAGGCAAGCCCUGCUGGUGUGACUCAGACAAUGACAAGGCUUCAACUCACUGUCUUUUUUUUUUUUUUUUUUUGGUAGGGUAUUUUUUAUUUGUGGAUUCAAAAAAUCUGUAUAUACAGUCUAUGUUUAUGAUUUGGGUUGUGAGUAAGCUAUAGCUUUGAGUUGGAAAGAAGUCAUGGGGGUAAAAACCGUUUGAGUUUUUUAAACAAACACAAGUAUUUAACAAUCCAGAAGACAAUGUUGCCCAGCUCAGAGUGUGUCUGCUUGGUGGUUCAAGCCCCCAUCAGUGGAACUGUUUCUGGGCUCAGACAAAGACAGGCAUCUGUGUCUGACCAGUUCAGGGGGCUUCCUUACCUGUGUCGGGGGGCGUGGCUUGGAUGUCUUUGCUGUACUGGAGAGCUUUCACCUGGUCUUUUCUAGCAAUCUCUGCUCGGAACCAUGGGAGGUUGCCUUCUGUGGGACGGAAGGAUGGAUGCUUAUUAAGAGAGAAGCAUUCCGUCCCCAUGGAAAUCCUGCAAAAUGUAAAGAAGCUCUGCUUCGUAGUAUGGUUUUACCUUACUUCAUCACAGACUGAAAGAAAGUUUCAGUUUUUAUUUUUUUCAGAAAGCACGAGAAAUUAUUUAUAAUAGUCUGGAGAAAAAACACACUGUACUAUUUCAAGUGUAUGCAGUAGAAUGUACUGUAACUGAGCCCUUUCCCACAUGUUUUCGGCUCGAGUGUCUCCUGUAGGGCAGUCCGGCUAACCGUGUCUUUUUCAGGGACGACGCCAUCACAUUUGUGCUGUAGACCUGCUGCUGCUGAAUCCUUCCCGGGGCUUUCCCAUCAGGCAGGGAGCGGAGGGCUUCUCAUUCGCGCACCCUUUGCCUAAACACCCACGUAGCUGCUGUGUCGUGUAUAUUUUCCUCUUAAGGGUGUAUGUAUCUGUUUGUUUUUAAAAGUCACUCAUUUCUUACAGUGAUUUUAGUUGCACCAUGACUUUUCACUGAAACCACAAAGUCCUGCUUAAAACUAUGGAAAACGUAACCUGAUUAGAGGCUUGACUAUUUUGAAGAUUAAAUGCACACUUUUUAUAUAUAUAAUGUGA